AUGCUGCUCCCCCAGAUAAUCUCCCACCUCCUUGCUCUUUUCGCCAUCAUCGCAUGCGCCUUUGCCGCACAAGACUUCUAUAAAAUCCUCGGGGUGGACAGGUCUUGCUCGGAACGCGACUUAAAGAAAGCCUAUCGCACUCUGUCCAAGAAGUACCACCCUGACAAGACCACUGGUGACGAAAAGAAGUUUCUCGAAGUGGCUGAAGCCUAUGAAGCUUUGUCCGAUCCAACAACGCGAAAGGUCUAUGACCAAUACGGGCAUGAUGGGCUGGAAAACCAUAAGCGAGGAGGUAGCGGUGGUGGGCAUGCCCAUGACCCUUUCGACUUGUUCUCGAGGUUCUUCGGUGGCACAGGACACUUUGGUGGCGGAGGUGGAGGUGGGGUGAGGCGUGGUCCCGACCUGGAGGUCAGACUGCAUGUGCCACUACGAGACCUUUAUAACGGCAAGGAUACGGAAUUCACCAUUGAAAAGCAACAAAUCUGCGAAGAAUGUGAAGGCUCGGGUUCUGCUGACGGGCAAGUUGAGACUUGCAACAAAUGCGGUGGGCGGGGUAUGGUCAUCCAGAAGCAUAUGCUGGCCCCUGGCAUAUUUCAACAAGUCCAAAUGCCAUGCGAUCAGUGCGGUGGGCAAGGCAAAUCCAUCAAGCACAAAUGCAAGGUUUGCGGAGGAACUAAAGUCGUGAGAGGACCGACAACCUUGACCGCUAGUAUCGAGAGGGGCAUGCCCAAGGGCCACCGCUUGGUCUUUGAGAGCGAAGCCGAUGAGCACCCUGAUCAUGUGGCGGGCAACUUGUACGUGCACAUCAUGGAGUCUGAACCACAGCUCGGCGGCGACGACGGUUUGCGAUCAGAUGGGACAUUUUUCCGCCGCAAGGAUGACGACUUGUAUUGGAGGGAAGUACUUAGUCUUCGGGAGGCCUGGAUGGGUGAGUGGACGCGCAAUCUGACCCAUCUUGACGGCCAUGUGGUUCAAUUGUCCCGCAAGCGCGGAGAAGUCGUGCAACCUGGUCAAGUGGACACGAUCAAGGGCGAGGGCAUGCCGGUCUAUCACCAAGGACACGUGCACGAACAUGACCACGAUGCGCCGGAAUUUGGGAAUCUGUACGUCGAAUAUAAAGUCAUCCUUCCCGACCAGAUGGAGAGCGGCUUGGAAAAGGACUUUUGGGCCGUGUGGGAGAAAUGGCGCAAGAAGAAAGGAGUCGAUCUGCUCAAGGAUAGUGGCAGGCCACCUCCAGCUGUACCAAUAAAGGAUGAGUUGUAG